CUGCACGAGAAAGAAAGAGAACAAUGUCCAAGAAGCAGUGAACUCCGCUGAGGAAGUCUUCCCCAAACCUCGAGUGUGGACAUGUCAGCUACCAGCUGUGUGCUGACUGAAGAGCAGCUCCUGUGCUGCAUCUGCCUGGAAGUGUUCACUGAUCCGGUCACGUUGCCAUGUGGACACAACUUCUGCAAAAGCUGCAUCAUGCAGCACUGGGACAGUGCUAGCCAGUGUCAGUGUCCCUCAUGCAAGGAACCUUUCUAUAAAAGGCUUGAUCUGCGAGUCAACACUUUUAUAUCUGAGAUGGCUGCUCAGUUCAGACAGUCAGCUGGGAAGAGCAGCUCAGACCAACAAGUAGCCAAACCAGGAGAGGUUCCCUGUGACAUCUGCACUGAAACUAAAAUGAAAGCUCUGAGGUCCUGCCUGGUGUGUCUGGCCUCCUACUGUGAGUCUCACCUGAAGCCUCAUCUGACAGCGUCACGCCUAAAGAGACAUCAGCUAACUGAUCCUGUGGAGAACCUGGAGGGCAGGAUGUGUACCAUACAUGAUAAACCUCUGGAGCUCUUCUGCAAGACCGACCGAACUUGCGUGUGCAUGCUAUGCCCUGUUUUAGACCACAAGUUGCAUGAAGUCAUUCCGCUGAAAGAAGAAUUUGAGAGAAAGAAGGUCGAGCUGGGGAAGAGAGAGGCUGAAAUUCACAGGAUGAUCCAGGAGAGACGACUGAAGAUUCAGGACUUCAAACACUCGGCGAAGCUCAGCAAGGAAGCCGCAGACAGAGAGUUGGCAGAUGGUGUUCAGGUCUUCACCACUCUGAUGCAGUCUUUGGAGCAAGCCCAGGAUGAGCUCAUCAGGAUGAUCGGAGAGAAGCAAAAAGCGACAGAGAAAAAGGCCAAAGGUUUCAUCCAAGAGCUGGAGCAGGAGAUCUCUGAGCUGAUGAGGAGGCGCGCUGAGGUGGAGCGGCUCUCCUGCUCUAAAGACCAACUCCACUUCCUCCAGAACUUCUCGUCCCUGAACGCUGCCCCGACCACCAAAGACUGGGCAGAGGUCAGCAUCUGUCCACCAUCAUAUGAGGGGACUGUGAAGAAAGCUGUGGAUCAACUGGAGGAGACGUUUUGCAAAGAGAUGAGGAAGUUGCUCCAUGAGGCCGAGCUAAACAGGGUCAGGCAGUUUGCGGUGGAUGUGACGUUGGAUCCUGAUACAGCACAUCCUGCUCUGAACCUGUCUGAUGAUGGCAAACAAGUACGUCAUGUUGAUGUGAAGAAGAAUCUGCCAGACAACCCUGAGAGAUUUAAUCCUAGUUGUUGUGUCCUAGGAAAACAGAGUUUCUCUUCUGGAAGAUUUUACUUUGAGGCGGAAGUUAAAGGGAAGACCAGAUGGACUUUAGGAGUGGCCAAAAAGUCGACCAAAAGGAAGGGAAUAAUCCCACUGUGCCCAGAAAAUGGCCAGUGGACUAUGUGGUUGAAAAAUGCAGACGAAUACGCAGCUCUUGUUGGUUCGCCUCUACAUCUCUCUUUAAAUUCAAAGCCCGAGAAGGUGGGAGUGUUUGUGGAUUAUGAGGAGGGUCUGGUCUCCUUUUACGACGUAGAUGCCGCAGAUCUUCUCUACUCCUUUACUGGCUGCUCCUUCAAUGAGGAAAUCUACCCAUUCUUCAGUCCUGGGCUUAACGGUGGCACAAAUUCUGCACCUGUGAUCAUUUCUCCUGUCAAUCACACUCAUUUUUAUAAAAGAUGAUUUUGUGUCAGGAUUUUCACAGGUGCCGUGAUCAAGAAUAGUUUUGAAGGUAUUUGCUCCUGGGUUUUCUUAAAUUUCUUUGAUAUUUUGUCAUAUCAUUGGCCUUAAUUUGUCUUGUUUUCUCAUCAAGUACGUUUAUUUCGGUUGAAAUGAACUCUGGCUCAUGUUCCCAGUUUACAGUUUCUUUGGGCAGAUGUGAACACCACAUUCAUAAGGUGUGGACCAAAACAUUUGCGUUGGCACACUAAUGAACGCAUUCUUGUCACGGCGACAAAUCAAUUCUGGAGCGCUUCAUCUGAAGCGGUAACGUGAUCCAACCUCGACCUGACCCAAAUACAAGGCAUGCUUUCGACAUUCCCUCAUCAACGGUCGCUAGCAGCUAGCCGGAAAAUUAACCAAGGUCUUCCUCGUGCGUCUUCCUUCUCGCUAGCGGAGGGCAGAGCGAACUUUUUUUACCUGACUUUUAAUGAUCAAUUUGCUUCAAUUAAAAUAAAAUAAACCAAACCAAGGGGGAAAACAGUGACUCAUUCACUGACUCUUAACUUAAGGUUUGAAAACGCCCUUAAGACACACUUUGACAGAUUUCUGGCAGACCACCUGACUUGUCAUAGCAGGAACAGCACACAUGGGACUACUGACAUUGAUGAUGCCUCGGGCACAGCCAUUACCAACCUGUGGUUUUGAUGUCAUUCGAGAAAUGUAACAUUACAAAAAGGUGCACACUCCGAAUAGGCCAGCAGACAUUUCGACAUGUCAUGCUGGGAAAAACACAGAUGUUACCAGUGUCGUUCACUCAGUGUGUCCCUGUAGGCCGUG